GCUGUCUUCCUCCGUCCUGGCCGCCGCCAUGGCGGGCGGCAGCGGCGACGUGCGGAAGGUCUUCCUCUUCACCACGACCCAGAAUUACUUCGGACUGGUGUCGGAGCCCUGGGACCAGCCGCUGACGUACAGCUGCCCUGAAAUCAACAACUUCCUGGACGACGGCAACCAGAUGCUCCUCCGGGUGCAGCGCACCGACGCCGGCGUUUCCUUCUCCAACGCGAUUGAUUUUGCUGACACAAAAGAUAAAGUGCUGGUGUUUUUCAAGCUGCGACCUGAAGUAAUUACUGAUCAGAAUCUACAUAAUAACAUUCUUGUUUCAUCUAUGUUAGAAUCACCUAUAAAUUCUCUUUACCAAGCAGUACGGCAAAUAUUUGCACCAAUGUUGUUAAAGGAUCAGGAAUGGAGCAGAAACUUUGAUCCUAAACUUCAGAAUCUUUUGAGUGAACUAGAAACUGGGUUGGGUAUAGUUCUACGAAGAUCAGACAUUAACUCAUCAAAAUUGAAAUUUAAGGAAGAUGAUACACGAGGUAUUCUAACACCAACUGAUGAGUUCCAGUUUUGGGUAGAACAAGCUCAUCGUGGAAAUAAACAGAUUAAUAAAGAAAGAGCCAGUUAUUUUAAAGAAUUAUUUGAAACAGUUGCAAGAGAAUUUUAUAACUUGGACGGUCUCUCCUUAUUGGAGGUGGUUGACUUGGUGGAGACCACUCGGGAUGUUGUAGAUGAUGUGUGGAGACAAACAGAGCAUGAUCACUAUCCUGAGUCACGAAUGUUACAUCUCUUAGAUAUCAUAGGUGGUUCAUUUGGAAGAUUUGUUCAGAAAAAAUUGGGAACUUUGAAUCUGUGGGAAGAUCCUUAUCAUCUCGUGAAAGACAAUCUGAAAGCUGGUAUUUCAAUUUGUGAACAGUGGGUGGCCGCCUGUAAUCACCUAACAGGUCAGGCGUGGCAGCGCUAUGUCCCUCAUCCAUGGAAAAAUGAGAAAUACUUCCCUGAAACACUUGACAAACUUGGCAAACGCCUCGAAGAGGUUUUGGCUGUUAGAACAAUUCAUGAGAAGCUUCUUUAUUUUUUACCUGCCAGUGAAGAGAAGAUCAUAUGCCUGACUCGAGUAUUUGAACCUUUUACUGGCCUGAAUCCUGUGCAGUAUAAUCCAUAUACUGAGCCUUUAUGGAAAGCUGCAGUGUCUCAAUAUGAAAAAAUUAUUGCACCUGCGGAACAAAAAAUAGCAGGAAAAUUGAAAAAUUAUAUUUCAGAAAUUCAGGAUAGUCCACAGCAGCUUCUUCAAGCAUUUCUGAAAUAUAAAGAGUUGGUGAAGCGUCCAACUAUAAGUAAAGAAUUGAUGUUAGAAAGAGAAACUUUACUGGCAAGACUUGUGGACUCAGUUAAAGAUUUUCGGUUAGACUUUGAGAAUCGAUGCCGAGGAGUUCCUGGUGAAGCAUCUGGACCACUUUCUGGCAAAAACCUUUCGGAAGUUGUUAAUAAUAUAGUUUGGGUUCGCCAGUUGGAACUGAAGGUGGAUGAUACUAUCAAGAUUGCAGAGGCUCUUUUAUCUGACUUGUCAGGAUUUCGAUCUUUCCAUCGAAGUGCUGAAGAUCUCUUAGACCAGUUUAAACUGUAUGAACAAGAACAAUUUGACGAUUGGUCCCGGGACAUUCAGUCUGGUUUGUCUGAUUCCAGAUCUGGUUUGUGUAUCGAGGCUAAUAGUCGAAUUAUGGAAUUGGAUCCUAACGACGGAUCAUUAAGAGUGCAUUAUUCAGAUAGGUUGGUGAUUCUUCUGAGAGAAGUUCGUCAGCUCUCUGCACUUGGCUUUGUUAUUCCUGCCAAAAUACAGCAAGUUGCAAACAUUGCACAGAAAUUCUGCAAGCAAGCAAUUAUUCUUAAACAAGUGGCACAUUUUUACAAUUCUAUUGAUCAACAAAUGAUUCAAAGUCAGAGACCAAUGAUGCUACAGUCUGCAUUAGCAUUUGAACAGAUAAUUAAGAAUUCAAAAGCAGGAAGUGGGGGAAAGUCACAGAUUACUUGGGAUAAUCCUAAAGAAUUAGAAGGCUACAUCCAAAAACUCCAAAAUGCUGCUCAGCGACUUGCCACCGAAAAUAGAAAACUGAGAAAAUGGCACACUACGUUUUGUGAGAAGGUGGUAGUUCUUAUGAAUAUUGAUCUGCUUCGGCAGCAACAGCGUUGGAAAGAUGGAUUACAAGAAUUGAGAACUGGCUUAGCCAGUGUAGAAGCUCAGGGGUUCCAGGCGAGUGACAUGAUUGCGUGGAGGCAGCACCUGAACCACCAGCUGUACAAAGCUCUGGAACAUCAGUACCAGGUUGGCCUGGAGGCUCUCAGCGAGCACCUGCCCGAGAUCCGCGUGGACCUGACCUACAAACAGGGACGGUUACAGUUCAGGCCUCCUUUUGAAGAAAUCCGGGCUAAAUAUUACAGAGAAAUGAAGAGGUUCAUCGGCAUUCCCAAUCAGUUUAAGGGAGUGGGUGAGGCCGGCGAUGAGUCUAUUUUUUCUGUUAUGAUUGAUAGAAAUGCAAGUGGAUUUUUGACUAUUUUCAGCAAAGCUGAAGAUCUGUUUAGGAGAUUAUCAGCUGUUUUACAACAACAUAAGGAAUGGAUUGUAAUUGGGCAAGUUGAUAUGGAAGCUCUAGUGGAAAAGCAUCUUUCUACCGUCCAUGAUUGGGAGAGAAAUUUUAAAGCACUGAAAAUAAAAGGGAAAGAAGUAGAGCGACUUCCAAGGUAUUGGAAGUUAGAGUUGUAUUUAUGUACCGUAACAGUUUCCACUACGAGAUGGGAAGGGUACUCCUCCCUUGGUGGUGUCAAAGUCUGGUCACCUUCUUACCUCCUUUACUCCGGAAUAGCCAUCGAGGAAUCUGGCAUUCUGGAGCUUAAACUUAAAGCAUUGAUUCUUGAUAUUAUUCAUAAUAUUGAUGUGGUAAAGCAGUUAAACCGAGUUCAAGUUCAUACAACUGAAGACUGGGCCUGGAAAAAACAAGUCAGAUUUUAUAUGAAAAGUGAUCACACGUGUUAUGUGCAAAUGGUGGAUUCUGAACUUCAGUAUACUUAUGAGUAUCAGGGCAAUGCUCCCAAGCUGGUUUAUACGCCGCUGACGGACAAGUGCUACCUCACCCUCACUCAAGCCAUGAAGAUGGGUCUCGGAGGAAACCCUUACGGGCCAGCUGGGACUGGAAAAACUGAAUCAGUCAAGGCCUUGGGUGGACUUCUUGGAAGACAAGUUUUAGUCUUUAAUUGUGAUGAGGGCAUCGAUGUGAAGUCAAUGGGACGAAUUUUUGUUGGUUUGGUAAAGUGUGGGGCCUGGGGCUGUUUUGAUGAAUUCAAUAGACUGGAAGAAUCUGUGCUGUCAGCCGUGUCUACACAGAUCCAGACAAUUCAAGACGCUUUGAAGAAUCACAGAACUGUGUGCGAACUGCUUGGCAAGGAGGUAGAAAUAAAUUCUAAUUCUGGAAUUUUUAUCACAAUGAAUCCUGCUGGAAAGGGUUAUGGAGGACGACAGAAGCUACCUGACAAUCUUAAACAGCUUUUCAGGCCAGUAGCCAUGUCUUGUCCAGACAAUGAGCUUAUUGCAGAAGUUAUUCUGUAUUCAGAAGGCUUCAAGGAUGCCAAAGUCUUGGGCAGAAAAUUGGUAGCUAUCUUCAAUCUCUCCAGGGAACUUUUGACGCCUCAGCAACAUUACGACUGGGGUCUGAGAGCCUUGAAGACUGUUCUUAGAGGAAGUGGAGGCCUUCUUAGGCAGCUGAAGAAAAGCGGCAUUAAACAGAAUGUUGAUGAAAGCCAAAUUGUGGUACAAGCGCUGAGGCUUAAUACAAUGUCAAAGUUUACGUUUGCUGACUGCUCACGGUUUGAUGCGCUGAUUAAAGAUGUGUUUCCUGGGAUCGACUUGAGAGAAGUGGAAUAUGGUGAACUGAGUUCUGCACUACAGCAAGUCUUUGAGGAGGCCAGCUAUGAAAUCAUACCUGAUCAGAUCAAGAAGGCUUUAGAAUUGUAUGAACAGUUACGCCAAAGAAUGGGAGUUGUCAUUGUUGGCCCAAGUGGUGCUGGGAAAUCAACCCUGUGGAGGAUGUUAAGGGCAGCGCUGGGCAGAAUUGGCAAAGUGGUCAAACAGUAUACCAUGAAUCCCAAAGCUAUGCCUCGACGUCAGCUGUUAGGCCAUAUUGACAUGGAUACCAGGGAAUGGUCUGAUGGCGUUUUGACAAACAGCGCUCGCCAAGUGGUCCGAGAACCUCAAGAUGUCAGCUCAUGGAUAAUAUGUGAUGGUGAUAUUGACCCCGAAUGGAUAGAGUCCCUGAAUUCAGUUCUGGAUGACAAUCGACUCCUCACCAUGCCCAGCGGAGAAAGGAUUCAGUUUGGCCCAAAUGUUAACUUUAUAUUUGAAACUCAUGAUUUAAGUUGUGCCUCGCCAGCCACAAUAUCUAGAAUGGGAAUGAUCUUUCUUAGUGAUGAAGAGACAGAUGUUAAUUCUCUGAUAAAAUCUUGGUUGAAGAAUCAGCCUCCUAAUUAUAGGAAUAAUCUUGAAAACUGGAUUGGAGAUUACUUUGAAAAGGCUUUACAGUGGAUUCUGAAGCAGAAUGACUAUGUGGUUGAAACAAGUUUGGUUGGGACUGUGAUGAACGGUCUGUCACAUCUACGUGGAUGCCAAAAUCAUGACCAGUUUAUUAUUAAUCUCAUACGGGGACUUGGCGGAAAUCUGAACAUGAAAUCACGUCUGGAAUUCACCAAAGAGGUUUUUAAUUGGGCACGAGAAUCUCCUCCAGACCCUCACAAACCAAUGGAUACUUACUAUGACUCGAGUAGAGGACGAUUAGCAUCUUAUGUGCUGAAGAAGCCAGAAAACUUGACGGCCGAUGAUUUCAGUAAUGGCCAGACUCUCCCCGUCAUUCAGAUUCCUGACAUGCAGCGAGGGCUGGAUUAUUUCAAACCGUGGUUAAGUUCUGAUACUAAACAGCCAUUUAUUCUUGUAGGACCAGAAGGAUGUGGCAAAGGGAUGCUGCUAAGGUAUGCCUUUUCCCAGCUCCGGUCCACUCAGAUCGCUGCAGUUCACUGUAGUGCCCAGACCACGUCUCGGCAUCUCCUGCAGAAGCUGAGCCAGACCUGCAUGGUGAUCAGUACUAACACGGGUCGUGUGUACAGACCGAAGGACUGCGAGAGACUUGUUCUGUACUUGAAAGAUAUCAACCUGCCCAAGCUUGACAAAUGGGGCACUAGCACUUUGGUUGCUUUCCUGCAACAGGUACUGACAUAUCAAGGAUUUUAUGAUGAAAAUUUGGAAUGGGUUGGUUUAGAAAAUAUUCAGAUUGUGGCUUCUAUGUCAGCUGGAGGAAGACUGGGAAGACAUAAGCUGACCACCAGAUUUACUUCCAUUGUUCGUCUUUGUGCUGUGGAUUACCCAGAAAGAGAGCAAUUACAGACAAUUUAUGGAGCAUAUUUGGAACCCGUUCUCCAUAAAAAUCUGAAGAAUCACUCUAUUUGGGGCUCUUCAUCAAAAAUCUACCUCUUAGCGGGAUCUAUGGUCCAAGUCUAUGAACAGAUACCUGAAAUGUUAUUCAGUGAAACAGAUGGCGAAGAAAAAUACAGCGACAAAAAAAGGAAAGAAGAAAAGAAAAAAAACUCAGUUGAUCCUGAUUUUCUAAAAUCAUUUUUAUUAAUCCAUGACUCUUGUAAAGCAUAUGGUGCUACCCCAAGCCGAUACAUGACCUUUUUACGCGUGUAUUCUUCCAUCAGUAGCAGCAAGAAAAACGAACUACUAAAAAGACAAAGUCAUUUGCAGGCUGGUGUGUCUAAACUGAAUGAAGCUAAAGCUCUUGUGGACGAGCUGAACAGAAAAGCUGGAGAACAAAGUGUGUUACUUAAAACUAAGCAAGACGAAGCAGAUGCUGCUCUGCAAGAGAUCACAGUGUCAAUGCAGGAUGCUAGUGAGCAAAAGACAGAACUUGAAAGACUGAAGCACAAAAUAGCAGAAGAAGUUGUUAAAAUUGAAGAAAGAAAAAACAAAAUUGACGAUGAAUUAAAGGAGGUGCAGCCUCUAGUCAAUGAAGCUAAACUAGCAGUUGGAAACAUUAAGCCAGAAUCUCUUUCAGAAAUUCGCUCACUGCGUAUGCCACCUGAUGUCAUCAGAGAUAUUCUUGAGGGCGUUUUAAGGUUGAUGGGUAUCUUUGAUACAUCUUGGGUGAGCAUGAAAAGUUUCCUUGCAAAAAGAGGUGUAAGAGAAGACAUAGCAACUUUUGAUGCACGAAAUAUUCCCAAGGAAAUAAGAGAGAGCGUUGAAGAACUUCUUUAUAAAAAUAAGGGAUCAUUUGAUUCAAAGAAUGCGAAGCGGGCCAGCACGGCAGCCGCCCCUCUGGCUGCGUGGGUCAGAGCAAACGUCCAGUACUCCCACGUCCUGGAGCGCAUUCAGCCUCUGGAAACUGAGCAAGCGGGAUUAGAAUCAAAUUUGAAGAAAACUGAAGACAGAAAAAGGAAACUAGAGGAGCUUCUAAAUUCUGUUGGCCAGAAAGUAUCAGAACUCAAAGAGAAAUUCCAGAGCAGGACGUCAGAAGCCGCCAAACUGGAAGCUGAAGUGAGCAGAGCGCAGGAGACAAUCCAAGCCGCGGAGGUCCUGAUCAGUCAGCUCAAUAGAGAGCACAAGCGCUGGAAUGCACAGGUUGCAGAGAUAACAGAGGAAUUAGUUACUCUUCCUAAGAGAGCUCAGCUAGCUGCUGCAUUUAUUACGUAUCUUUCUGCUGCUCCUGAAGGUCUGAGAAAAACCUGUUUGGAAGAAUGGACCAAAUCAGCUUGUCUUGAAAAAUUUGAUCUAAGGAGAUUUCUUUGUACUGAAAGUGAGCAGUUAAUUUGGAAAAGUGAAGGCCUACCAUCCGAUGACCUUUCCAUAGAAAAUGCUCUUGUUAUCUUGCAGAUCAUUGGUUUGAAAUCAUGGAGUCAAGUAUGCCCAUUCCUUAUAGACCCUUCUUCUCAAGCUACAGAGUGGUUAAAGACACAUUUGAAAGACUCACGUUUGGAAGUUAUUAACCAGCAGGAUAGUAACUUUAUUACAGCUCUUGAGUUGGCGGUACGUUUUGGGAAAACCCUUAUUAUACAAGAGAUGGAUGGUGUAGAACCUGUUCUUUAUCCAUUAUUGAGACGAGAUCUGGUUGCUCAAGGACCGCGUUAUGUGGUACAAAUAGGUGACAAAAUUAUUGACUACAAUGAAGAAUUCCGCCUUUUCUUGUCAACAAGAAACCCGAACCCCUUCAUCCCGCCAGAUGCAGCCUCCAUCAUUACGGAGGUUAACUUCACUACAACAAGAAGUGGGUUGCGAGGACAGCUUUUGGCUUUAACUAUUCAGCAUGAGAAACCUGACUUAGAGGAGCAGAAAACAAAACUAUUACAACAGGAAGAAGAUAAGAAAAUACAGUUAGCCAAGCUUGAGGAAUCUCUUUUAGAGACACUUGCCACAUCCCAAGGGAAUAUUUUGGAAAAUAAGGAUUUGAUUGAAUCUUUGAAUCAGACGAAAGCAAGCAGUGCACUUAUUCAGGAGUCACUGAAAGAAUCUUACAAACUCCAGAUUUCCCUUGACCAAGAGCGGGACGCCUACCUUCCUCUGGCCGAGAAUGGCAGCAAGAUGUACUUCAUUAUCUCUGACUUGUCCAAAAUUAAUAACAUGUACCGUUUUAGUUUGGCUGCAUUUCUCCGACUUUUCCAGCGAGCUCUGCAAAACAAACAGGAUUCUGAAAAUACAGAACAGAGAAUCCAGUCUCUUAUCAGCUCAUUAAAACAUAUGGUCUAUGAAUAUAUAUGCCGUUGUCUAUUUAAGGCUGAUCAGUUGAUGUUCGCUUUGCAUUUUGUUCGAGGCAUGCAUCCUGAACUUUUUCAAGAAAAUGAAUGGGAUACGUUUACAGGUGUGGUUGUUGGAGACAUGUUGCGGAGAUCUGACUCUCAGCAGAGGAUCCGGGAUCAGCUCCCGUCUUGGAUAGACCAGGAACGAAGCUGGGCGGUGGCGACACUGAAGGUGGCGCUGCCCAGUUUCUAUCAGACCCUGUGCUUGGACGACGCGGCUCUGUGGCGGACCUACUACCACAGUUCAGUGUGUGAGCAACAGUUUCCAUCUGCUUUGGCGAAGAAAGUGUCCUCCUUUCAGCAGCUCAGUUCAAACAAGUAUAUUUUGAUUAGCAAUUGA